AUGCUGACUCAGGCUGCUUUGCAGCAGCACAACAUCCAGAAUCAACAGACUCAAGCUGCCUUGGGGCAUCCUGGAGCUCAGUCAACACCUGCUCAAACUCUUCCUGCUUUGCCGAUCAACAGGGCUGGUCAAGCUGCUCCGGUUCCCCUCCAGUUUUACGUCCAGAAGAGUUUAAAACUCUACCUCCAAUUAUCUUCAAAAUGCCCAUUGCAUGGACACCAGCUUAGCUAUUCCGUCCUGGUUGUUGACAGCAUCACCCUGAUCACUGGUCUUCCUGCCAACCUGCUGGCUCUUUACACUUUUCUCCGAAAGGUGAAACAGCGUGCUACGCCUCUGGAUGUUCUCUUGCUCAACCUCACCAUUUCUGACCUUAUCUUCCUUUUGUUCCUCCCGUUGCGCAUAAAUGAGGCAGCCAAUAUGAAAUGGACAAUGAGCUUCUUUCUUUGUCCACUCUCAGGAUUCAUCUACUUCAGCACCAUCCACAACAGCACUUUGCUUUUGACGGCUAUCAGUGUGGAGCGCUAUCUAGGGGUGGCCUUCCCCAUUAAAUACAAACUCAAGCGAAAUCCUCGAUAUGCCGUGUUCGCCUGUAUCAUAUUCUGGGCACUUUCCAUGGGUCAUUGCAGUAUCGUCUACAUAGUGGAGUACCAUAGAGGCAGCAAUAUCACGGUCAAGGAUCUGAACCGAACCUCCUGCUACAAAGAGUUUACCCCUGAACAGCUGAAACUCCUUUUGCCUGUCCGUUUUGAGUUGUUCAUCGUCUUGUUCUGCAUUCCUUUUCUUAUCUGCUGCUUCUGCUACAUCAACUUCAUCAUUAUCCUCUCUCGCUUACCUAACAUCAACCCUCAUAAACGCUUCAGGGCCAUUGGGCUUGCUGUGGUCACCCUCCUGGUUUUUAUCAUCUGCUUUAUACCAUUCAAUGUGUCCCAUGUGGUGGGAUUUGUUAAAUGGUACAGUCCACCGUGGAGAGUCUAUACAGUACUACCCAGCACCUUCAAUGCCUGCUUGGACCCUUUUGUCUUUUAUUUCUCAUCAUCAGCAGUUCGGGGAACUUUCAACAGCAUAGUGCAACAGUUCCUCAACUGGCUUGACCGUACCUUCGGUCAGAAAUAAAUAUACAAAGCCGGAAGUAACUGUGGUCACAUAAUACUCCUCACAAAGAUGAACAUUUGGGAGGAACCAGACUGAAAAAAGGAACCCAUCCUGAUCUGGAUGACACCGGAUAGUGCAAUUAUACAUUAUUCUCUGCUACAGUAUACCUGUAUGGGCAAAAAGUGCAAUUUAUCAGCAGUAGAUUCGUUAUAGUUUUUUCAUGAAGUGUGUCUGAUGACGCACUUAAAUUGUACAUAUCAUAAAGCAAAAUUGUAUUAUUUGUAGUCCAAAGUGAUCUUUAUAGUUUCUAGUUUCUAGUUUUAUUCUCAUGUAUCUUAGCUGUUUUAAGAUGUUUUUUGUUUGGAUUUCUGCUGUUUCUGUAUGUUACAAAUACACAUGGU